AUGUGCGAAAUCAGAGAGAAUUUUGGAGAAGCACUUGCUCAUCAUGAACACAAAUUUAAGAAUGAUAUCGGGAAGGUGCUGCGAUGGAGGGCAGCUCUUAGGGAAGCAUCAAACUUUUCUGGGUGGUCUUUCUUGGAAGGGUAUGAAUCUAAAUUCAUCCACGACAUCGUUGGGGAGAUUUCAGCAAAAGUAUUGAAUUGUCUGCAUUUGAAUGUGGCUGAAUACCCAGUUGGAAUACAGGAUCGUCUGCGAGAUUUGAAUGUGCUUAUAAAUGUUGAGAAAAACGAUGUUCGCAUGGUAGGAAUUUGGGGGACUGGUGGAAUUGGUAAGACAACAAUUGCUAAAGCUGUUCAUAAUUCAAUUGUCAAAAGAUUUGAAGGUAGCUGUUUUUUGGCAAAUGUUAGAGAAAAUUCCAUCAGAGAUGGAGGCAUGGUUGAACUACAAAACACUCUUCUUUUUGAGAUUUUUAGGGGUAAAAAAUUGAAGAUAACCAAUGUUGAUAAAGGAAUCAAUGUGAUAAAGAAAAUGUUAAGCCAUAGAAAGGUUCUCUUAAUUCUUGAUGACGUGAGUCACCUGGACCAGUUAAAGAAACUAGCUGGAGGGUGUGAUUGGUUCGGUUUAGGAAGUAGAAUUAUCAUAACAACAAGAGAUAAGCAUUUGUUAUUGGCUCAUCAAGUUAAUCUAAUAUACAAGGUUAAGGAAUUAUGUCGUGACGAAGUUAUCCAACCAUUCAGUUGGAAUGCCUUUGGAAGAAAUUUUCAUAUGGUCGAUCAUGGGAAAGUGAAAAGGGUAGUACUACACUACGCUGAUGGCCUUCCAUUAGCUCUGACAGUUUUUGGUUCCCUUUUACGCGGCAGAAGCGAAGAACAAUGGCAAGAUGCGUUAGACAAUUACAAAAGAGUUCCAAACCAUGAGAUUCAUGAAAUUCUCAAAAUAAGUUACAACAGUUUGGAAGAUUCCGUGAAAGAAGUUUUCCUUGACAUUGCAUGCUUUUUUAAAGAAAUGGGUAAAGAAAUAGUUCGUCAGGAGUCGCCCACUGAGCCUGGCAAGCGUAGUAGAUUGUGGUUUCCUGAGGAUGUUUAUCACGUUCUGACAGAAAACACAGGAACAGACAAAGUUAAAGGAAUCGUGGUACAAUGCCCCAAAUCAGAUGACAUUCGGUUGAAUGCUACAAGCUUUUCAAAAAUGAAAAAUCUUAAACUGUUUAUAAAUUGUAAUGCACGGCUUUUUGUAGAUGUUGAAUAUCUCCCUAAUGAGUUGAUGUUCCUUGAUUGGCCUGGAUGUCCAUUGCAAUCUUUUCCAGCCAAUUUCAAUCCAAAGAAACUGUUUAAGCUCAAUAUGCCCCGCAGCCACCUGACACGACCAGGGGAGGGAUUGAAAAAUUUGCAAAAGCUGAAGUCUAUAAAUUUAGAUCAUUGUGAAUUCCUGACAGAAAUCGCCGACUUCUCUAGGAUCCCAAAUUUAGAGUACUUAAAUCUGAAUUACUGCACUGUCAUAAAAGAAUUGCGGUCAUCAGUUGGAUUUUUCACUGGCCUAGAAGAAUUAAAUCUAUAUGAUUCUCCCAACCUCACAAAUCUGCCAAGCAACAUCUAUGAGUUGCAAAAUCUUAGGUCUCCUCUGAAAACACCAACUUUGAAAUUUUACUACCAGGCAGUGAAGUUCCGAAGUGGUUCAGUUGCUGGAAAGAGUGGUAUCAGAGCUGGUUCAGUGGGGAUUCAAAGGCUCAAUGGUAUGAACUAUGAAGCCUUAUCGUCAUCCAAGAUUAGUGGCAUUCUCAUUGUGUCAUUGUAUGUAGAUGACAUUGUCUACACAAGAAGCUCGAAGGACAUGAUGACUGAAGUUAAGAAUGAGAUGAUGAGACAGUAUGAGAUGAUUGAUCUAGGUUUGCUUCACCACUUUCUUGGCCUUGGAGUAUUGCAGAUAGAUACCUGUAUUUUCUUGCAUCAGAAGAAGUAUGCAAAGACUUUGCUUGAAAAAUUUGGGCUCAAGGACUGUAAAUCUGUUGCAACACCAUUGGCUGUGAAUGAAAAGCUCUCAAAAGUAGAUGAAAGAAGCUUAUUGGCUAGGUUCAUGCAUAGUCCUACCAAGAAACAUAUGGGAACAGCUAAAAGAGUUCUGAGAUACAUACAAGGCACUGUGAAUUAUGGUAUUGCCUAUAAGAAAGGAAAAAGUGCAGUGUUGAUAGGCUAUUGUGAUAGUGACUGGAGUGGAAGUGAAGACAUGAGAAGUACAUCAAGUUAUGCUUUUAAUCUUGGUUCAGGGGUGUUUUCUUGGGCUUCAAUCAAGCAAAGCAGUGUUGCUCUCUCAACUGCAGAGGCAGAAUACAUCAGUGCAACAGAAGCCACUGCGCAAGCCAUUUGGCUGAGAUUUGUGCUCUCUAACUUUGGGGAAGAGCAAGCAGAACCAACUCAGCUGUUAUGUGAUAACACUUCAGCCAUUGCCACAUCAAAGAAUCCAGUCCAUCAUCACAAAACCAGACAUAUCAAUCGAAGAUUUCAUUUCAUCCGAGAUGCACUUCAAGAUGGUGAGAUUGAUCUACUAUACUGCAAAACUGAAGAGCAGGUUGCGGACAUUUUCACCAAAGCAUUAGCAAGGGAUCAUUUUGAAUUCCUUAGGAAAGCUCACACUUAG